AUGGGUGGAAACGAUGACUUUGGGGGCAACUUUGGAGGCUUCGGGGCCUUGAAGGCCUCAUGGAAGGCAGCGAUCACUCCCGUCAAAGGUGGCGGCGGCAAUGGUAGUACUGGUGGCAGCGACAGUAUUGGUGGCAGCGGAAUUGGUGGAAAUGGUGACUUUGAGGGCUUCGAGGCCUUGAAGGGCUCGUGGGAGGCGAUGAUCAUCCAUGCCGGGUAUGGGGGUGGCAAUAGAAUCGGUGGAAACGACAACUUUGGGGCUGAUUUUGGGGCACGCCCUUUCCGCCACUGCUGUCGUUGUCGUCCCCACACCCACCCCUGGCGAUCACCGCCUCCGACAAGAAGGAUCAAGUCAUUGUGA